AUGCGUGGACGCAGCCUGAGCUUCGACAACCCGGUCAAGUUCCCUUUCCUGGUGCUAAUUUGGGCCGAAGGCUCGAAACCGCGUUGGGACGAUGACUCUCCACCGCGGCCUCUGCGGGACAAGUUGCUGGGGCAAAUGGCUGCGAUCCAAGUCUCCCCCUCGUCGGCAGCCCAAGAGGACAUGCGAUCGUACGUGGCGUCCUUUGAAUCCAUGGGUUCGCCGGAGGCGACGUACAUGCGACGCGUUCAGACCGCCCCAGACGUGCACUUUCGCACCAUGUACGUCGAGUCGCUCUUUAGUAUGGGUGCACAUGCUGCGCUUGCGGCGGAGGGAUGGAAGCUUCCUGGCUGUGAGCUUCUCGAAGAGGAGAAGGAGGAUGGCGUGUAUGCUGCGCUACAGUCUGAGAUCACGGGCUAG